CAACCUGUUCAUAAAAUAUUCGGAAAAAUCUCAGUCCUUUCAAUUUCGGAUAUUCUUAAUAUCAUAAUUAUCUACUCAAAGAGUCAAGUGAACUCAUUCAAGAAUCCGAUUUCUUGGUUCUUAACUGUACCAUUAAAAAAGGGAAGAUCUUAAGAAACCGGUUUUCAGAAUGUAGUUCGUGCCAUUACGCUGCAGAGAACUUGUGAUCGCUGUGCUGAAAAGAAGCCGCAGGGGUGAACAGAGUGGAAGAAAAGAAGAUCUAACUCUGAAAAAAUGGAAGGAAGAAGGGCAGCAGCUCCCCACCUAGCUCUCUUCCCUUUCCCCCUACAAGGGCACAUCACUCCCAUGCUGCAGCUCGCUCACCUUCUCCACUCCAGAGGCUUCUCCAUCACCAUCGUCCACGCCCGCUACAACGCUCCGGAUCACACAAAGCAUCCCCAGUUCAGGUUCGAGCCCUUCGCCGACGGCAUAGAGCCCGACCAAUUCGGCGCCAUGGGCAUACUCGAAAUGCUCUCUACUAUUGUAGACAGCUUGAAGCAGCCAUUCAGAUCUGUAAUGGGGAGGAUUCAGAGCGGCCAAAAUCGGGUCGACUGUGUCGUCUCCGAUGCGCUUGCGUAUUUCAGCAGGGCGGUAGCCCAAGAACUGGGGCUGCCAUGGCUGGUCUUCCGGACCAGCAGCCCCACCUCCUUCAUGUUCUUCGCUGCCUUCCCUUCCCUGCGCCAAAUGGGCUACAUUCCUGUCCAAGAUAGCGAACUCGAGUCUGUGAUCAAGGAGAAGCCACCGUUCAGGGUGAAGGACUUGCCUCUGGUUAAAACAGGGGAAUCUGAAUCAUUUUUUCAGUUCAUCGGUGAGAUGGUGGAAGCAACUAAGAAGUCAUCAGCACUUGUUCUCAACUCCAUGGACAAACUGGAACAACCCACCCUAGACUCUCUCCGGUCUGAAAUUCCGGCGCCGAUUUACGUGCUCGGUCCCUUGUGCAAUUACGCCUCCGGCGACUCUGGCAGCCUGAUCCGGCAAGACAGGAGUUGUUUGAGUUGGCUCGACAAGCAGGCCAGUGGGACCGUGAUGUAUGUGAGCAUUGGGAGCGUGGCUAGGAUGGAUGCAGCAAACCUGACCCAAAUGGCUCAGGGCCUAAGGGACAGCCGGCAGCCCUUCUUGUGGGUGAUUCGGCCCGGUUUGGUCCGGUCCGAGGACUCGGUUCAAUUGUUAGACCAGUUCGUGGAGGAGAGCCAGGACAUGGGUCGAGUAGUGAAGUGGGCGCCGCAGAGCGAAGUGCUGGCGCACCCAGCUGUGGGUGGGUUCAUGACCCACUGUGGCUGGAACUCGACUCUAGAAUGCAUAUGUGCAGGGAAGCCGAUGAUCUGUUGGCCUGCCUAUGGUGAUCAAAUGGUGAAUGCAAGGCUUGUAUGCCAAGUAUGGAGCAAUGGGGUGGAGAUGGGAGAGAAGCUUGAAAGUGAGAAGAUGAAGAACAGUAUAAAGGAACUACUAAUGGGGGAAGAGAAAGGGAAGAAGAUGAGGGAGAAGGCCAGACUGUUGCAGCAGCUUGUUCUUGAAAGCAUGAAGACUGGGGGUUCAUCUUAUGAGUCUACCAGUAGGUUUAUUGAUCAUAUAUCCUCUUUGAUUCCACAUAGUUCUGACUCUUUCUAGGUUUGUGUCAUAAAAAACCUGUUUGAUGGUUUUUUUUUUUAUUUAAACAACUAUAUAUAUAUAUAUAUAUAUAUAUAUAUAUAUAUAUCAUUGAGUUGUCCAAUGACUUGAAAGAUGAGAUGGCUUUAUGUUGGGAUGCUA